AAGCCCCCACAAACCCCUCUCCCCAAGUUCAAACUGCGGCAAACCCGUACCGCCAGUACCAGGCGACAAAGCCCUUGCCUCAAAUGCCGUCCACAAACUCGCCUCGUCAAGCUCAUCCCGCAGCGGCGGACCCUGCUUACCGAGUGCCGUCUACGGAUCCAACUCGGCAAGCCCAAACUCAAACCCAAGCUCAACCACAAACUCAGCCCCAAGCUCAAGCCCAAUCUCAAGCCCAACCCAUAGAUGCAUCCCGCCAACCCCAACCCCAACCCCAAAGCACCGAGCUGUCUCGGCAGGCGGUACUAAACUCGCUCCUGGACAUGGUACCCCCGGAGAUAAUCAAGCAGCUCCUCCACGCCGCAGCCAUGGCAAGCACCUCCGUAGCGGAAAGCAUCCGCGCCAGCGUCGAAGUGCAGCGCAAAGUCGUGUUGAACUUUGACUCGUACGCCGCCGACGCCGAGUACGAGCUGAACUCGCGAUACGAGGACCUCGGCGGCAGUAAGCAGUACGAGAUGUCCGGGAAGUGCAGCGCCAACGUGGAGAAACUGCUGCGGGAGGUCCUGCAGAAGGCGCGGCAGAACGCAUCCUACGAAACGAAGCUCAGCGCCGUCACCAAUAUGUGCAAGAUCUUCCGGUCGGUGCUGUCGGGGGGAUACAUGGCAACGCGCGUCGCGAAUGACGUGUUUGGCUGGGACCACAUCUUUCAGGAUGCCGUUGGGUUGUUUACGCGGAAGGAGCUCGAGCGGCUGGUUAAUGAGGACGGGGGCGCGUGGUUACGCGGGUUUGGUCAGUGUGUGAAUAGUGAUUAUAGGGGGUUCGAGGCCAUGAGGCCCAUAUAUCAAGCGCUACAGAGUUAUUUGGUUGAGGCAGGGUCGGAGGGGGACCAGCAGCAGCAGGCAUAGGAGCCGUGAUAAGCGAAUCUAACAUCACCCGAGUUGGUGACGAGUAAGCACGUCGUCUUAAGAGGACAGGAGGAUCCGAUAGGCUCCAAGUGUGGAUAAUAGGUGUAUAAGAAGAAAAAAAAUACGUCUGAAACAAUUUGCGGGAUUGCUGGCAGGCGCUCGCUUUUUCAGGUCCCUCCGAACUCGGAAGCAAAAGUAGAAUUAUACGUUGGCUGCUUAAACACCACAUCCUCAUUACUCACUACUUGAGGAACGGGAAAUAUGCUGGUGGAUGGAUUGACGAUUCAGGGGCGUGUGGCUCUGAUGGCGUUGUUGCUUUGGGAGGGGGAUGUGUGGGUGGACGCCUUUUGUGGAGAGGGUGGGGUAGAGCAUGGAUGGAGAGGGGGAGGGGGAGGAAAUGGGGUUGGCCCGUUCG